AUGGAAGUUAAUGAACAUAAAAGGAAAAUAGCAAACCUUUGUCGAUUUUGUGGCAAGACCACCAAAUUAAAAAGUGCAAAAGCCAAAGGUAACUUCAAGAAUGAGUUUGCAACAGGUUAUGGCAUUGUUAUUGAAGAAGACAAUGACUUCAUACAUCCACCAUGUGUUUGUCUGUCAUGUGUGAGACAUUUUUAUCGCUUAAGAGAUUCAGCUUCAAGAGGAGAACUUACUUCUUCUUUGAGUAAUACUCCAUGUUCUUGGAAGCCUCACACAGAAGAAAGCUCAUGCAUUUGCGACAAAAAAGUAGGGAGACCAGGUCUGAUUAAGAAAAGGAAACGUGUUGAAGUGGCAAGUGGAAGUGACACUGCAAGUGGGGAAGAAGAAGAAGAUGAAUAUGAGAAAGCUUCUUGUGACAUUUAUAGCACCAUAUCAGAGAAUUUGCAUCUUAUUGAUGAGGAAUUAGCAAGAGCAUUAUGUCGCGAUCUUUGCUCCCGUUUUGGUCUUGUCUUCAUUGAUCCAAAAGACAUAUUUUCAUCAGUGAAAAACAUUGAUAGACAGCUACUAUUGAAAUUAGUUGAAGCUAUCUUUUCCCUUGAGAGAGAAAACUUGAAAGCUGACUAUUGCGACCGAAGUUACAAGAGCAUUUCUGAUUUGUUGACAGUGACACCUGAAUCCUGGCUUACGUCACAAAAUGUUGUCCUUAAAAGUGUGGUGAAUGGGUUGAGUGAUAGCGGUACAAAACCUGUCAAAAAGGUUAUGGCUGUUGAUCAGAUGUACAGUUUGGUGAAGCCGAACUUUAUUAGUCCAAUCAUGUUUGGAGCUAACUUGGUUAUGUACUCCAUUGCACGCAGCAAAAUGGCAGUUAACAUAUAUGGAAAACUGCAUCCAGGUGGACAAUACAAAACUAUGAGGUCAUGGCUUGAUGGAUUAACAAUGGAAAUCCCCACGAUGCCUGAGAAUGACAUAUUAACUGCAAUAGACAAUGACCAAGUUCUACUAAAAAGGUGGACCGUGCGCAAGGACAAUCAUGCACAAAUAAGUAUACUAACAAGUGUCUGCUGUGCAGAGGUUGGUUCCAUGGACCCUGUUCUACAAAGAAAUGAAAGGCUUGCACCAAGGUACAUGCAAAUUGUGUAAAAUAUAGGGUUACAGUAAUUAUUAUUCACCUCUAUUCAAAUUUCAUUUUAGGAAUUUAAAAGUUGCCUUGAAGUAUUUUUCUUUGGUUAUACAAAGUCAUUUCAAACUAAACUCAGAUAGAGUUUGGCCUUGGAAAACUGCAUAUCAAUUUUGCUACCCCAAUUACAUGCAUUGAUUCUUUAUUCCAAAUAAUAUUACUUUAUAGUACAUGUAUGUUAAGUGCAGCCAGGAAUCUUUGUUUCUUCGAGUACCUUCAAUUUCUUAAUAAUUAUCCCCGAUUUGUCAUUUAAAAAAUACACUUCCCUUAGGCUUUCCUCACAUGACUGUAAUUUUACCCCAAUUAAAUGAAACUCCCAAUUUAUCAUUAUAUUUUUGCUAAUCCAGUGGCAUAUAUAUAUAGUCAAUUUCUGCCUAUAUUAUAACAAAGUACCGCACUGUAUCUUAAUAUUGUUUUUACAGUUUGUGUAUUCUGGCAAAGUAAUUUAUUUAAUCAUUAUUUUGCUAACAGCAAAUGGCCUGACAGAUUAGCAGAGGCCAGAAAUGACCCACUGAGGGAAAUGCAACUUGUCCAAGAUUGUUCUGCCAACAAUGACGAUGUCAUGCUCUUACGUAAGGAGGUAAUAGAAAGAAGUACAUGUAACUCAUUAAUAAAGAAUGUUUUCAUUUGUUACUUAUCUGUAUGAAACUGAGUUUAUUAAUCAGGAUACACAUUAUAUUUAUAUUAUCAUUUUUGUUGUUUCUUGGUUUUCUAGAAUAAGAAAAUGAUUCAUGACAUCCUCCACAAAGUUGUGAGAGAGCAGACAAAUUCUGAAGGUGGCUGGACAGAUGACAUUGACAUGAGGGUUGCAGAGAUGCAGGCUAAAGAAGGGAUGCGCAUGUGCCCUGCAUGCAACACCAGCAUGCCAAAGACAAAGUGCAAAUGUAUUAAUCAAGAGUGUCGAGUCAGUUUGAAAAGUGCUGAAAGGGAAGCCAAUGGCACUGACAUCCUUGGGACUGCACUUGUUGCCCCUAUCCGCACUUAUCAUCACAGAGUCCAUGAAACAUCACUUGGGUUCCAAAUUGAAGAAGAUAAGGCAUUUGUUUACAGCAAUGAGGAGAUCUGGGAAACUCACAAUGAAUGGACUGAUGUCCCAAGUAGGCAUCCAGCAAAUCCUAUCAAGGUGCAAACUUGCGACCCAGUGUUUGUUAACCCCAAUUCAUUUGAUUCCAUUAAAGAAGUCCUUAGGCGGGUAGGACAUGCUGCUUCCAUUUCUAGAUAUCAUCCAGACAAACCAAAUGCACGCAAAUGGUUGAGUGUCACCAUGGAUGGAUCCCCAUAUUUGGUUAGUAGAACUGUGAUUGACACCGUCUAUUUGUGUUGUGAUUGUGAAGCAGAGGUUCUGAAAACAAAGCAAGAUGAACAUCGUGCUGAUGAACACAGGGGCCGCAGGGUUAAGUUUGUUCAAGAGUUCGACUGGGUGUUAUUGCGCAUUGGAAAACUGCACUUGGAAAUGAACAUGGCGAAGUCAUUCACUAGCCUUUACUGGGAUGUGUUCAUGUGUGAUCUGGCCAAAGAGUUGGGGUUUAAUUCUGAAGCAGCUCAGAAGUUUGUCAAAAAAUGCUCUGAUCAUCACAAAACAAUGUCUAUUUUGAAAGUGGCCCACCUUGGAUUCUGGUAUGAACUUCUUGUACCUUAUGUGCGUAGCCGCCUUGCAUCUGGGACAGCCCUGUCAGUAAAUGACUUUUUGUAUGACUGGUUAGUUAAAGUUGGUUGGACCCAGCCCAACUACAGGUACAUCUUUAACACUACCUGGACAUACUUAAUGGGAAUCAAUUUACUUCAUGUGGGUGUCAGAAGGAACAAUGCAGAGUAUAUUCGAGCUGGGCAUAUGGCCUUUGCUCCGCUGUUCCAUAGAAAUGGUGUUUCCAAAUAUGCGCUCAUAGACUUGCAUGACAGGUUAGUAAUGACCGCUACAUUUUAUUGGUACAGUGGUUUUCUUGCUAGCUGAGCUUUCAAAAGAAGUAAGAAAUAAAACUCUCACACGCUGAAUGCGGAAUGGGUACAAUGUCAUGCCAGAUCAGCAGGUUUCAUGCUUUGCCAAUAAAAUUAAUGGUUGCUGCAUUCUUGUGUGACAGGCAAACUACAUUCAGUGUUCAAGAAUGACAUCUUCCUCAUUUUAGAAAAGCAUGCAUAAUAGUAUUUUAUGUUUGAAUUUAUGAGCCAUGUAUAAAAUAUAUGAAAAUAUUUGCACCACGUUAGGCUUGGGUUAGUUGAAAAAACUUAGUAACUUCCCUCCUUAACUAGAUAAUAAAAUUAUUAUUGCAAUCAUUUAUAACUUCUCUAUAAGUUUUCUAUGGAAACAUUGGCAGUUUUUUCUAUAAUUCCUUGAAUAAAACUAACAUGUAACCUCGAAAUAUUUAAGACCCUUCUUGAGAUUGUGGCAGUUCCAAUGAGUGUGCUAUUAUUUUCUUUGAUUCUUAGUGUGGAUAGAGCUUCAUUUCCCCCAGAGCUUGCUGAAUUUGUCUCCAGGACUGAAUCAAUAAGCACGUCUGGAAAUCCUAGCAAAGGAGAGUGUAUGGAUGCAAACCUCGAGGAGGUUAACAAAGAUUCAAAAGUCUGGCAGCAUGGUGUCAUGACAGCAAUUGACUGGCUGAGAAUAUUUAGGAAUCUUGGCAAGUUAACCAAAGUAAGCAUUGUCAUAGAUAUACUAUUACCUCUUAAGAUGAAUAUAUAAUUUAUGUGAUCGAUUUAAUUUCAAUCUAACAUGAUGCUUUGUCUCAACAGAGUAAUAAUUUGGUUGUGUAUGAAACAAGCAAACCUUUGCUAAAAUGCUAAUUAUAAGAUAUUAAUACAUGUUUUUUUCUUUGGUUUGAAAUUUCUUCUAGACCAAUUUCAUUUUUAUUUUUCUUAGUCUGAAAUUCAUUUUAAUAAUCUCAGACAAAGGGAAACGAAGAUGAAACUUCAAACCAAAGAAAAAUUUGAACCACAACAUAUUAUAUGUAUAACCCUGUAAUGAACUCUGAAAUGGAGCUGUAAAAUAUUAGCUUCUGCCACAAGCAGUAUGUAACUGUCAUUACUUGUUGUGGAAAUUUCAGUUACAAUAAGUAAUAACUAAUUCUCCUUCUGUAGGUACGAGAGUGGCUGUUAUGCUUGAUUGGGAUGAAUGAUCCAAAGCAAGAUGCUGGUGUGUCAAGAAAGAGGUAUGACUUCAAGGAAGAAGUUCUUGCAUGGAGAAUCAAACUUCGAAGAGAGAGGUAAGCUGAUUUCACCUACAUUUAUGUCAGUAACAAGUUAUAGUAGCUUGCAUCCAUGCAGCUAUAUUAUGGAUGGACUACAGUGUUUAUGGUAUAUAAUACUUUUCUCAAGAUUUGAAAAUGACUAAACUGAGACAUUACAGCCACAACAGACUAUCUUUGGUAUUUAUCAGUCAGGGGUUUCAAUAACAUUUAUUUCAGAUGGGUAGAUGAAACAUAGCAAGCAGGUAGAUUGAUAUUUUAAUUGGAGGGGCUGAAGGCCCUCCCAAGUAGGGGAGGUCUGGGGGCAUGCUCCACUGGAAAAUUUUGAAAUUCAUUACUCGGAGAUGCAUUUUCCUGCAUUCUGGGGGCGAUAUUAGAGGCUCCUGCUUUAUUAAACAGGGAUCCAUUUUCAAUAAAUUUUAGGACAUAUUAGCAUGAAUUCCUGUACUGAGCUGUAUUUUAUUUUAAACCAAUCAAACGGUCUUCUUCUUCGUCACAGGCGGGUAGUUCUACCUGCUACCCGGCUAUUAUUGAAACCCCUGUAUCCGUGUUGUGUUCUUAGGCAAGACACAUUACUCUCACAGUGUCUCUCUCCUCCCCGGGGUAUAAAUGGGUACCAGUGACAGUAAUGUUGGGGGAUAACCUGUGAUGGACCAGCAUCCCAUCCAGGGGGGAGUAGAAAUACUCCUAGUUGCUUCAUGCUGCAGCCUGAUGGGCCACUGGGCUCAUAAGCAGACUUUACCUUACCUUACCGUACCUUUGGUAUCAAUUUUGGCCACCUAAACCCUCCUAGUGAAGCCAGUAUAUCAAGGCUUUAAAUGUUGGCCUGACAAAAUCAACUGGCCACAUUCCAAUGUAAUUCUUCUUGUUUGCUUAGGUUUUUUUUGUUAUUAUUUAAAUCUGAAAUUUUCCUUUGUAGUCAUGUUGUAGUUUAACUUUUUCUGUGGUUUGAAAUUUUUUGAAUAUCAUUUUCAUUUUUCUUUGUCUGAGAUUAUGAUAAUGAAUCUCACACAAUGGAAAAUAAGAAUGAAACUGGUUUGAAAAAUUUAAAGCCAAAGAAAAGUUUGAAACAAAACAUAAAUAAUAUGGUGUAAUAUAUUAAUACAUUACAUAUAAUUAUGUUGUAGUUAAUUUUUAUUUCCAGUUAAAUUUUAUUUUCCGUUGUUUUUAUGUAUGGUAAUGUAUGAUAAUGAGUUUGAAACAAAGGAAAAAUACAGUUUAACUGGAAAUAAAAACUCAACAUACACUUAUAUUUAUCAUUAUGUGUAUGUGUCCUGAUUUUGUUUCAAUGCUGAAUUUUUUAAAGGUAUUUUGUAAGAAGCCCCAACCAGCACGUUUCCCUUAGUGGUACAGUUCUGGACAAACACCUUCUGGAGAUGGAUGACACUCUGAAGGAAAACAGAAGAAAGUUGUUACUCAAACACUUUGUGCAAGGAAAGCCAAGAACUGAUGUUCGAGUAACAACUGUGUAUACAACUGAAGAAGACCGAAUUCAGGGGGAGGACAUAAAUAAUGCUACUAAAUCAGAGAUUCUCGAGAGAGCAGAGGAGAAAAUUAAUCUUGUUUCGGAUGAAGACAUCAAGGAUGUGCUUCAAAAUAAGAUGAAUGAACUUAAGAGGAAACAGUCCUCUUUAAAAAAAGAAGUCCUCCUCUCUUUCUUCUAUGAAGUGUGUGAAGAACUCAAUCAGGUUGUGGACAAUGAACAGGAAAUUUUAUUUGUGGAAGAUCAAGAUAAUGAUACAUUUAAUUGA